AUGUGCCUGCGCUGUACCGGCGACGACGCCGCCCAGGUCAACCCCGAAGGACCAAGGAGGUACCAUCCUUCAGAGGUCACUGCAAGGCAGUCCAUGGCUAAACGUAUUGAGAAUAUGCAAAACCUGAGGAAAGAGAAGAGAAAACUGAGCAAACGGUUUGCAAGACCUUCUCCUGUUCCGGAACCAGGCCUCCUCGAGCACAACUGCUGGCUGGAUCUUGUGGUAAAACUGUUUUUAGCUUUGUACGAAACUGGUAAACUGUCUUCCAAAGUAGCUGAAUCAUUUGAUGUUCCCACCAGCAAUGCCAACAUUUGA